AUGGCUGGACUGCAUUACACUACGCUGCUAAGAAUGGCCAUCUUGAUGGAUGUCGCCAAUUAUCUGAUCAGUCAAGGAGCUGAGAUUUCAUGGGAAUCACGCAAGAAGAGUCCCAUUGUAAUUGGAUCUAAGAUACACGUGGAAGAUAGGUCAGGCAAACUACCAAUGUACGAUGCCAAGGAUGAGGUGGUCGAGCAGACUAUCUUAUCGAGAAUGAAAUCUCCUGAAGAGGUCCAUUAUUAUCAAGGAAGCGCAAAGACAGAACGUCACGAGGAAACCAGAAAAACAGAGUCUACUGAAGCAAUGUCAGAGGACUUCACUACGCCCCAAGAUGAUCCAAAACUUGAACAGGAGCAGAGUGCAGGGCAGCAUGAAUCUCAAACCAAAACUACUGAUAGAGAGGACUAUGCAGAUGAUGGAGAGGAAGACUUGAUUCAACUUGAGAAGCAUGGUAUUACGGUCAGGAUUUCCAAAUAUGAAAUUUACAGCGCAAAGGACAUCACUGUGGAAGUGAUUGAAGACGUCCCACCUGAGCUGGAGCUGAAGGAGACAGAAGCCAUCAUAUCGGUUGGAUUGAAGAUGUCGCCUUCUGAUGCAAUCUUUGACAGGCCUGUGAGAGUAACAAUGCCCCAUUGUGGUGUGUUCACAAAACCAAAGGAAGCAGAAGUCUACAUCUAUUAUCGACAAAGUGAUUCUUCAAGCUUUACUGCUAUACCAUCGACCAGUACUAGUAACCCAAGGUGUGUCAUGAGGGAACGUGAUCUCGAUAUCUACUUAGACCACUUCUCAGAAUUUUGGAUUGUGGCUGCCAUUAAAUGGGUAUUCAUUGGAAAACGUGUUAUUUGUACACCACAUAUACCUGCGUUAACUCUGAAGAAUGAAGAACACGUGGUUCUUGUCGAAGUACGACAUGAAAACAUUGAAGGAGAGAGCCUGGAAGGUUACAUUUCCCCAAUGAAAGGAGAACAAUUCUUAUUAAGAUGGCGUUCAGGUGGAUUGAAGAUUGCUUGUCUAGAAAGCACUGAGAAAGAUCAUGCCAAGAUUCUAGAGGAGAGAGAGUUACGUUAUUUGACAAAGCAGAAAGUUAUGUUCAAAGUGGAUACACGGAACAUCACAGGAAGUAGUGUCAUAUUACAAUUCAUCUUGAAGCAACGUACAACAAAGGAAAUUCUUGUUAAAAUGCUUCUUAGAGACACAGCAACCGGGAUAUCAGAGGGAGGAGCUAGCUUACCAUCAACGAUACCGAUUGCAACACUAUCGGCUGAUAUUCAUCCUGCAGAUUACGGUGAUUCUGGUUCUACUUCUGAAACAAGAUCACUAGUGGAAGAGUCUGAGGAUUUCGACGACAUUCUGAGGAAAAUUGCUAAGCAGGUUAGCAAAAGACAGGAUAUUGAUGAUCUUGGCUGUAAACUGGGAUUUCUUCCGUCAGAAAUAGAAUCAUACUUUGAGAAUAACAGGAAUGCAUCUUAUAUGGGCACGCUACAGAUGCUUCGGGAUUGGAGGAAAAGAACAAUAGAAGCAGAAGAACAAACACUGAUGAGACAAGCUCUUGUUAGCAUCAAGUACAUUCGUUUGGCUAACAAGCUCUUGCCUGACAAAUAA